AUGGCUGCUAACGCAGUUUAUGGUGGAGAUGAGGUCAAUGCGGUGGUUAUAGAUCUAGGCGGCUGCCUGUGCCGCGCGGGCUACGCGGGCGACGACACCCCAAAAGCGGUCUUCCCUGCAGUGGCGGGCGUGGUGGCGCCGUCGGACGCGAACGGCGUCGAGGGCAGCGGCGCAGCGGGGGCGCGUGGCAUCCAUGUAGGCAACACGGCGCUGUCCUUCAAGCGGGACGGCAUGGAGGUUGUCAGCGCACUGGGCCCUGAUGACCUGAUCCAGGAUUGGGACAUUGCAGACAAGCUGUGGACUCACGCGCUCAAGGAUCGCCUAGGCGUCAACCCGGAGGAGAAUGCCAUCAUGCUGGCAGAGCCCACCCACAACACGCGCGCCGCGCGCGAGAAGGCGGUGGAGCUGCUGUUCGAGAGCCAGCGCUGCCCGGCCCUGUACCUAGCGAAGAGCGCGGUGCUCAGCGCGUUCGCGGUGGGCAAGCAGACGGCGCUCGUGGUGGACGCGGGCUACCGGGGGACCACAGCUUUGCUCAGCUGCUUGUUUGGAUAA